AUGUCGGUAUUAGAAUCUAUGGUAGAAGCAAUUGAUGAACAGAAUGUAGCAAUAAAAAACUUUGAGUCAGAAUAUGAGGAUUUUAAAAAUGAAUUAAAAACUCUUCAAGAUUAUAAAAAUAAGUUAAUAAAUAAAAAACUCGGAUUAAAACAGGAUAUAAUUCAAGCUAAUAAACUUAUUGAAGAUGCAAAAAAUUAUUAUACUGAGGAUGAUUUGAAUCGUUUUUCUAAUGAUGUGAUGAAUUAUCCACUAUGGGAAAAUAUAAAAUAUAAUGUUGAACUUUGCUAUGGAGGUGUAAAUGAAACCAUGAUACUUGAUAUAAUCAAAUCACAAUUUUCAAUGAAUAAAAUUGGAUGUAUCAAAGAAGCAUGCGUUAAAAUUGAAAAUUUUAUUAAAUCUGACACCUAUGGUGAAUGA